UCUGAUACGGGGCGGUAUCAACAUUGGGGUGUAGGACGUGUGCCCCUCCUCUUGCUGGUGACAGAUAAUAGUAGCGGGUGUGAGAAGGAUUUGAACUUGCAACCGAGGCAGAGUGGAGGAGACUCCAAGUUGAUGACCGAGCAGACUGCGCUCCGAAGAGAGAGGAAAAGAGAGCGCUAUAACAGCUGGGACCAAAACAUCUGUGCGCUAAUCUACUCUUCUGGACCUUGUUCUGGGACUGGAACCCGGGCUCUUUGGAAACUAGAUCGAAUACUUACUUGAUGGAUAUCAGGACCCAAGGUUUUGUAGAGAUGUUGCAUCUCAGGCACCUGCUCUGUCUGGUGUUUCUUUGUCGUGCGUUCGCUGAACAAGGUCCAUCAUGGAGGAUGAAGGUAGAGAAGGCUGCCCCCGCUAGUGGCUCUCUGGCUGGCAGGGUGGUGCUACCAUGCCACUUCUCCAUCACCCCCACCACCCACAACCCUAGCACACAGGGCCCAGAGGACCAGCUGAGGAUCAAGUGGACAAAGCUGGAGGAAGAUGGGGAGAGUGUGGUGCUGGUGGCCCAGGGAGGAGUGAUCAAGGUGGAGCAGGAGUACAAGGGCAGGGUGUCGGUGCCCAACCACCCCCAGGCAUUAGGCGACGCCUCACUGAUCGUUGCCCGCCUGAGGGCUAGCGAUGCUGGGCUGUACCGCUGCGAGGUCAUGCAUGAGAUGGAGGACACCCAGGAUACUGUUCAUCUCAAUGUCAGCGGUGUGGUGUUCCACUACAGGUCUGCUUCUAGCCGCUAUACCUUUUCCUUUCCCGGGGCCGUUGGCGCGUGUCGCGCGGCCGGGGCAACCAUCGCUACAGCCGAACAGCUGACUGCCGCUUUCGAGGACGGACUGGACCAGUGUGACGCCGGCUGGAUGGCCGACCAGACAGUCAGAUACCCAAUCACGAAGCCCCGUCCUGGUUGCAUGGGCGAUAUGAUGCACAGGCCUGGGAUCAGGACGUAUGGGCUCAGAGACCCUAAAGAGACCUACGACGUCUACUGUUACGCAGACCAACUACACGGUGAGGUGUUCUAUGCUCCUAUCCGUUACAAGCUGACCCUUCGACAGGCUAAGCGCGUGUGCGAGACGCAGGGGGCGGUGCUCGCCUCCCCUGGCAACCUGUUCGCCGCGUGGCGCGGAGGCCUGGAUCGCUGUGACUACGGCUGGCUGUCAGACGGGAGCGCCCGCUACCCCAUCUCGGUCCCCAGGUCCCAGUGUGGAGGAGGGCUGCUGGGGGUCCGGACUCUGUACCGAUUCCCCAACCAGACUGGCUUCCCCAAACCUAUUGACAGACAUGGAGCGUUCUGCUUCAAGGGUAAGGAACCAGAGAUCCCCCCUCCUGGACCUGUGACGACCACGGAUGCUCGCAGGACAGACACGGCCACAGACGAACCUCGCACUACCUACCACGCAGGCGGACCAAACCUUACAGGCUCAACUCCCGCAGACAGAGCUGACCGCACAGCUGCAGACAAACCACACCAAACAACUGGCCAAGACAGAAGUGAGCAUACAGGUGGACCACACGAUACCGCUUAUACAGGCACAGUGCGACAUUACACUGCCACUGACGGAACACACACCGCCAAAGACGAGCAUCGCACCACUGACCGCGAGACGACAGGCAAAGACAGAACUACCCAGGUAGGAGACAGAACGACAGACCAAAAGACAGACUUCUCUGUUGGUACCACUCAGUUCCCUGAGUACGAUGGGGAGGACUUUGUCCCAGACCUAACCAAGGUAGAGUCAUUGCCCCCCAUGGGUGAUCCCCUGCUCCCCCUGCAGCUGCCCCCUCUCCCCACCAUCCGUUCCCAGCCCACCCGCCCCCAACUAGACAUCAACCAGGGGGGAGACAAGGAAGAGGGGGAGGUUCAGACAGGCUCAGGCAGGGGGGAGAGCAGUGGGAGUGGGGAGGGGAGCAGUAGUGAUGGGGAGAGUGAGGGGGAUGACCGGGGAGUGAUGACUCCCACACAGGGCUUCACGGCAGACACAGGACUGGGGUCGGACCCCUCACGCCCAGGACAACCAGGGUACCCAGGACAUCCAAAGGGGUAUCCAGGGUUAGUCACCCCAGAGCAUGGCCCCUCAGGUGGGGACAAAGUGACAGGACAGCAGCCUGCUGUGGUCUACAAGGAGGAGGAGGGCAAGAGCUCUAGAACAACAACCCACAGCCAACCAGGAGCCACGGAAUCAUACGGCAUGGACAAAUCGGUGGCUAUCCAUGAGGAGGCCUCGCCCAGCAAACCACCAAUCCACCUCAUCAUCGUUGACGUGCACGACCGGAACCAAUCAGUGGACCACAUCCUGCAGAUUCUGGGACAUCCUUUAGGGGGUAAUGGAGAUUUCCAGUCCCCUCUCAUCCCAGCCUUCCCAGUUACCCAGAGUGAGGCCAUUCGCGGCAGUGAGGACUCUGACGGCAUGCAUCCCAUCCCUUUUCCCCCAACGCUCAGCUUCUACAACGGGAAACACCAGCAGGAGGCUAGAGGAGACCAGUUUGAGAUGGCCACACCAGUCUAUGGUGAACUGGGAGGAGAGAUGGAGCAAGGAGAGGAGAAAAGCCCCACUCCCUUUGACUAUGACUCCAUCCAUACUGGAGAGACCAGCCAGUCCACUGCUACAAACACAGACGGAGAUACAAACAGACACACAGCGGAAGACACGGACAGAGGCACAGGCAGAGACAGGACAGGAAAGACGGAGAGCUCCAAUGGAACAACCCCUAAUUCCCAACACACAUCCCCAGUCUCUUCCCCAGUCUCAGCCUCAUCCUCUGGUUCCCCCCAUACUUCCCCAGAUGGCGUCUCGCCUGACGAGGACAUGGAAGGGUCAGGCGGCCGUACCCAGGAGGGCUCAGCAGAAGACACCCGACCCACCCCCGCCUCAGACAGCCAAUCAGGCGUGGUCACAGACGAGACGGAGAUUGGAGGGUCGGAGAGUGUCACACACGCCCCGUCUCAUACACACUCUGCUCACACUAAGGACACAAACACUAUUGAUACUUACACCAAGGACACACACACUCCAUCACACGCACACUCUACUCGCACUAAGGACACAAACACUAUUGAUACUGACACCAAGGACACACACACUCCAUCGCAGACAGAGGCAGGAGACUUCGAGGGGUCUUCAUCGGCAGAAGAGGAAGGCUCGGCACAGGAGGUGUACCCACCUGAAGACCCCAGAUAUACUAGCCCCGGCGGUCCUGGAGCCAUCGAAGCUCCCCCGGUGGGGCCUGGGGUUGAGGGACAGGUGACUGUUACACCCAAACCAGAAGUCAGACCAGGAACCAUGCCAACCCAGGCAGGAGAGACUGUAAGAGACCACCCUGGACAUCACACAGACUUUUCUACACAGCACAGAGACGACUCCCGCCAACCUGCCACACAGGAGAAAGAUCUCUCCACUCAUACUAAAGCUCAGACCAGACACCCCUCUACAGAUGGGAAGGACCAAACCAAUCAGCAUAACACACACGAUAGCAAUCACUCCACAGACACUCAGGAUGGAUCCAUGUACCCUCCUACACAAACCACCCAGCAUCCAACACACGUUAGGGAUCCCACCAAGAACCAGACCACAUACCAUAGAGAUCACUCCACCCACACUAAGGACCAAACCAAACAGCCCUCUCACCCUAGAUUCCCCCCCACCCACCAUAAGAACCAAACCAGUCACUCUACCACAGAUCAGAAGACCCCACAGCACCUGAAUCAAACACACACACCCCCUGCACACCCCUCCACUCCACCUCCCUCCCGCUCCAUCCCCGACUGGGCCCUGACCCCCCAGACCCCCCGGCCUGAGGGGGAGGAGUUUGUGGAUUAUGACCGGGUGAGUGGUCCUCCUCUGCUGGAUGCCGGCCCCCAUGCUCCUAAAGAACCUCAGUCCACAUACCAACCUGAAACAGGAACUGACUACUACAUCGUGGACCAGACUGUCGAUGUCAGAGGACUGCAGCAGUGCACAGUGAAUGUGUGUUUGAACAAAGCGUCCUGCUACCAGAGAGGCAGAGCCAGCAUCUGUGUGUGUCCAACUGGAUACACUGGACAACGCUGCGAGACAGAUGUUGAUGAAUGCCAGUCCAACCCAUGUCGUAAUGGAGCCACCUGUAUGGACGGAGUCAACUCCUUCACCUGUUUGUGUCUACCCAGCUACACAGGAGGGCUCUGUGAACAAGACACGGAGGUGUGUGAGUAUGGCUGGCAGAAGUUCCAGAGCCAGUGUUAUAAGCACAUCACCCACCGACGCACCUGGGACACUGCCGAGAGGGAGUGCCGUCUCCACGGAGCCCACCUCGUCAGUGUCCUGUCACAGGAGGAGCAGCUGUAUGUCAACGGUCUGGGCCAUGACUACCAGUGGAUCGGUCUAAACGACAAGAUGUUUGAGAGAGACUUCCGCUGGACUGACGGUAGCAUCAUGCAAUAUGAGCACUGGCGUCCCAACCAGCCAGACAGUUUCUUCCAGUCUGGAGAGGACUGUGUGGUGAUGAUCUGGCACGAGGGAGGACAGUGGAAUGACGUACCCUGCAACUACCACCUGACCUUCACCUGCAAGAAGGGCACAGUCUCUUGCAGCCAGCCACCAGUAGUGAAGGAUGCUCGUGUGUUUGGUUUUAUGAAGCCUCGUUAUGAGAUCAACACUCUGAUUCGUUACCACUGUAAAAACGGCUUCAUACAGAGAUACCCCCCCACCAUCCGCUGCCGUGACAACGGCCAAUGGGACAGCCCCAAGAUCACCUGCAUGAGCCCCGCUACCUACCAGAAGUCUUUCGCUUCUAGAAAACACACCGACAAUCACAAUCAUAACCAGAAUCAGUACAAUCACAAUAAUCACAACCUGUUCAACUAUCAAGACCAACAAUACAACAACCAAAACAAUCAAGACCAACAGAAGACCAACAACCAAAAGCAAAAACAGCAGAGCGAGAGGAGACUUCAACACUAAUCUGAUCUCUGGUCAGUCCUUAAAAGCGCAGAUACGGUUGCAAAAGGAACUUUCCCAAAAUUUCUGGAUUUCUGGAAAAUGUGGGAAUUUCUGAGAAAAUGUACAGUUAUUCUGCAUCCCUAAUCCCAGAGCAAUUCAGAUCAGAUCACAUCCAACGGGCUAGAACCCAUAGAUAUACAUAUAUAUAUGUGUAUGUAUAUAUGUAUGUGUGUGUAUGUAUAUGUAUGUCAAUUUGUAUGUCAAUUUAUCUGGAUAGGGUCAUGGGGUUAUUUCACAAGGUUUAGUCAUAAUCAGCAAGCUAACUCUGAUAAACUCUGAUAAAACACUUUUCUAGUUUAUAAACAGGUGUUAGGAACAUUGUUACAUAGAGGAUUGAGUCCAUUUCAAAUUCAACCAGGACAAAUUUAAGUUUCAGAAUAUUUAUUUAAGUUAGCUGGCUAACUCGAUUUUGACCUUGCUUCUUGAAAUCCAACCCCAGAUCACUUCUAAUUCUUCCUACAACCGUGACACCACAGUGCCUUAAUGGUUAACACAGUGUCCAACAUCUCCAGAACUGGAGAACUUGACUGCUUCUGCUCUAGAGAUGGACACAUCUCAAGCCUUCUGAACAAUUCCCCCUUACCCUGUUUCUUUACCCCAUAGAAAUAACCCACUAAAAAUAACAGACGUAAAACCCCAACUGUUUUGUUGGCGACACGUUUGCAAUAUUCCCAUGAAAGAGCCCCUUAAGUAAAAGGAGCAUCAAUUGUUAUGUGAGACGAAGAGCCACUCGUUUAUCACAAUCUCCGGUCAGUCACUUUAUUUGAAAAGUCACCAUGAAGUGAAAUCUGUCUCAUUAACGACUGUUGCCGUAUGGUAGGACUCAUAUCAGGGACGAGCUCAACCAGUUCCUUAUAGGAGAGGACAUGACGAGAGGUCCGUGUCAGACGGCGUCUGUGACAGGUCACCUCCUUCAGUGGCGCUCCAGCAUAUACAAACGCCGACGUCUUCUCCUUAAAGGCGAUGGGUUUUUUAAAGGGAAUGGGCUUAACCAAUUGUGUUAUUGUUAUGUCUGCAAUGACACAUUGUGUUAUUGUUAUGUCUGCAAUGACACAUUGUGUUAUUGUUAUGUCUGCAAUGACACAUUGUGUUAUUGUUAUGUCUGCAAUGACACAUUGUGUUAUUGUUAUGUCUGCAAUGACACAUUGUGUUAUUGUUAUGUCUGCAAUGACACAUUGUGUUAUUGUUAUGUCUGCAAUGACACAUUGUGUUAUUGUUAUGUCUGCAAUGACACAUUGUGUUAUUGUUAUGUCUGCAAUGACACAUUGUGUUAUUGUUAUGUCUGCAAUGACACAUUGUGUUAUUGUUAUGUCUGCAAUGACACAUUGUGUCAUUGUUAUGUCUGCAAUGACACAUUGUGUCAUUGUUAUGUCUGCAAUGACACAUUGUGUUAUUGUUAUGUCUGCAAUGACACAUUGUGUUAUUGUUAUGUCUGCAAUGACACAUUGUGUUAUUGUUAUGUCUGCAAUGACACAUUGUGUUAUUGUUAUGUCUGCAAUGACACAUGGGAGAAGAGAGAGUGCAAUGAGUGUCAGGUCUUGUAGGUGGGAAAAGUUAUGUAAGAAGCUGUGGCCGUUUAAUUUAUUGCAUAUGUUACACCUAUACACGGCCUGUGAUACUGUUCAACUGAAGUGGCUAUUGUAAGGGUGACUUGUUUGGCUGUUUCCAGACAUCUGCCAUGCAUAGAAGGAAUCUUGUCUUACAUCAUGUGGCCUUCCCAUAUUCUGUUUAGUAAAGUUCUACGAUACAGAUAUCUGAGCUGUGAUGGCGCUGUUCAGGGGGAUGACUUGUACCUGCGAGUCACCACAAACUGCUCUCAACAGAGGCGACUUUGAGAAGCAUUCCAAGGCACUUGAGCUAUGACCAUUUAUUCAGAAAUGCCAGAAAUAAUGAUUCUUCCCCCGAGGACAGAAAGGACUGGGUGAAGAAACAGCAUUGGAAGUUGGUAGCCUAGGGCCUCUGUUCUUCAGUUAGGAUUCUGGUUCAUGUGUCUUCUUUGUUUACUGCUUUCAUCCGUUCGGUCUUCUCUCCCUGUAGGUGUUCUAUCAUAGUGUUUUAUCAUCCAAAUGAUGUGUGUUUCUACCCCAGAGAGCGUGGGAUAUGCUGUACCGGGGGGGGGGGGGGGGGGAUGUGAAUACUUUGUCGGUUUUUAUGUUCUUGUCUCUGUUGUGUAUGUCCCCAAAAACCCACUAAUACUGUACCUAUACACCAUCCUGUGCUCCCAUCUCACCUUGCGCUGACUGUGCAAUAAAAAUAAAUACGAAUAAACCGAUUUCACCCA